CGACAUCCGGUGGCCGCAGGCAGGUGAGCGGCCCCGGAGCGAGGUUCCGCUCGCGGUGAGCGCGGCCCCCCGACCCGCCGCCACACCCCCGUCCAGCCGUGGAGAAGUGGCCACUCUGCUGAAAUUCUACGACGUCUACGUCUGCCUCCCAGCAACGGCGCGGGGGGGAGGUAACAAGUGUGGAAAACCAAACGCGGUGGUCGCCGAGCGAGGCACGGGGGGCGGGGAAGGACGCGGCUCCGCCCCGGGGCUCGUCCCGGUCCCUGCGCGGACGGCGCUGCCUCCACGGGCGGCCACCGCGCGGAGACUCCACGCAGCCGCCGGCCGCUCUGCGCCCCUCCCGGGCCCUAAGGCAAGCUCCCGCGCAGGGAGGAGGGGGCGCACCGCGCCCGGGCCCCCCCAGAGCCCGCCCCCCCCGGGGCUCACCCGGACCCCCUCCUCGCCCCGUCUCCGCCUCUCCCACGUUCCCCGCGCCGGGGCACGCCCAGGAGGUGGGGCCUCCGCCGGGCCCGCCCCCGCCCCCCACCCCGCGCUGAGCCGGGGUCCCGCGGCGCCGGGGAGCGCGGGGCACCGAGCGGGGCCGAAGGGCCACCCCGCGCCCAUGGCGGAGCCCACGUCUCCCCGCUGGGCGGCCGGGGCGCGGCGCCUGGCCCGGGGCUGCUGGUCGACGCUCUGGGACUACGAGACCUCCAAGGUGGUGGUGGUGAAGAACCGGCGCCUGGGCAUCGUCUACCGCGCCGUGCAGCUGCUCAUCCUGCUCUACUUCGUGUGGUACGUGUUCAUCGUGCAGAAAAGCUACCAGGACAGCGAGACAGGCCCGGAAAGCUCCGUCAUCACCAAGGUCAAAGGCAUCACCACGUCGGAGCACAAAGUGUGGGACGUGGAGGAGUACGUGAAGCCCCCCGAGGGGGGCAGCGUGUUCAGCAUCAUCACCAGAAUUGAGGUCACCCCCUUCCAGACCCUCGGAACCUGCCCUGAGAGCAUAAGGGUCAGCAACGCCACCUGCCACUCGGACGAUGACUGUGUGGCCGGGGAGCUGGACAUGCUGGGAAACGGGCUGCGGACGGGGCGCUGCGUACCCUACUACCACGGGGCCGCCAAGACAUGUGAGGUGUCCGGCUGGUGCCCCGUGGAAGACGGAGCCUCCGUCAGCCAAUUUCUGGGUAAAAUGGCCCCCAAUUUCACCAUCCUCAUCAAGAACAGCAUCCACUACCCUAAAUUCCAGUUCUCCAAGGGCAACAUUGCCGACAGGCCAGACAGCUACCUGAAGCACUGCACAUUCGAUGAGCGCUCGGACCCCUACUGCCCCAUCUUCAAGCUGGGCUUCAUCGUGGAGCAGGCUGGGGAGAACUUCACGGAGCUUGCCCAGAAGGGAGGAGUCAUUGGGGUCAUCAUCAACUGGAACUGUGACCUGGACCUGGCGGCCUCCAAGUGCAACCCCAAGUACUCCUUCCGGAGGCUCGACCCCAAGCAUGUCCUAGCCUCAUCCGGCUACAACUUCAGGUUUGCCAAGUACUACAAGGCAAAUGGCACCACCACUCGCACUCUCAUCAAAGCCUACGGGAUCCGCAUCGACGUCAUUGUGCACGGGCAGGCAGGGAAGUUCAGCCUGAUCCCCACCAUCAUCAACCUGGCCACGGCACUGACCUCCAUCGGGGUGGGCUCCUUCCUAUGUGACUGGAUCUUGCUCACCUUCAUGAACAAAAACAAGGUCUACAGCCACAAGAAGUUUGACAAGAUGGCAGCCGGCCCUGAGCAGAGUCCAGGACAAGGGCUUUCUGCCUCCGAGCCUCCCCACCAGGGCUCCGUGCCCACGGACCCCAAAGGCCUGGCCCAGCUCUGAGCCCCGUGCACCUGCCUGCCCAACACAUCAAGCUGCAGACCUGGUCUCGUGGGGUCUGGGGGAGCCUGGCCCACACACUCUCACAGCCUCACCUCUCCAUAAAGCCAGGAGCCCGAAGGACCCGCCAUGGAAGGGGGCAGUGCAGCUGAGAAGGGCUGCACUCCUGCCCUCACGCCCCCUUGCCCAUCCCAACCCCCCAACCUGGGUAGCCAGACUGGGGCAAGCUCCUGCCUGCCCCUUCCUCUCCCUGGCCCGCUUGGCCUCCAAGUCCCUCCUGCCUCCCCAGUGCUGGGUGUUUCAGCUGCCCUGCCUUCAGAACCCCAUUGCAGCCAAGAAGCCACAACAUGCUCAGAGUCCAAUAAACCCUG